AUGGAAGUUGAUCCCUCGCAGCCCUUUAUUUUUACAACACCAGCCAAUAAUAAACCGCCCGACCAAGGGGGUACUCUCAACAACAACCAUGUACACCAACGUGUGUCCUUUAAAGACAAGGUUAUAGGUACGAAUACAGUUCCGGCCGCUCGACCUAGAGUUGACUUGAUCGGAGAAAAGCUUGCUCAUAUCGAAUAUAAGGACAAUGAUCGGCUUCAACCAAUGGUGCAUAUUAACGAUUCUGUCUUUGAGGGUCUAGAUGCACCAUUGAAAGAUGCACUUGUGGUGAAACUUUUAGGAAAGAACAUCGGUUUCCAUCUAAUGAAGGAGCGCUUACAGAAAAUUUGGAGAUUGAAUGCUGGAUUUGACAUCAUGAAUAUUGGGAAUGGUUUUUUCAUGGUGAAACUUGAUAGCAUUGACGACAGAACAAGAAUCAUGGAUGGAGGGCCGUGGAUGAUUUAUGAUCACUACUUGACAGUGCAAUGUUGGUCCCAAGAAUUUGCCUCGCCAACGGCAAAGAUUGAUAAAACAAUGGUUUGGAUUCGUUUCCCUGGAUUAAAUCUCUUUUAUUAUGAUGAAAGCAUCCUCUUAGCCCUUGCUUCUGCAGUUGGAAGACCAAUCAAGGUCGAUAGUACGACUCUGGAUGUUCGUCGGGGAAGGUUCGCUCGUGUGUGUGUUGAAAUUAAUUUGAAUCAACCUGUGGUGGGUAAAGUUUGGAUAAGAGACUACUGGUAUCAAGUUGAAUACGAAGGUUUGCACCGUAUUUGUUCGACCUGUGGUUGUUAUGGACACCUUACCAGGGGGUGUAAGUCUACUCUGACGCGCCCCUCUGCCGGAACUCCAGCCACUGCAACACAAACACAAUCUGCUGCGGAUCUCCAGCAACAUGCCGUUUCCAGCACACACCAUAAUGACAGAGUUAAUGCACCAGUUUUAUUGGAUGCAAAUCAAGGUAAUCCUGAUACUAUAAUUGAGAAUAAGUUGAAUGGUGAUUGGUUAGUUGUAAAACGCAAAGUCAAAAAAUCUUCUGGAUCUAAAUCUUCUAAACAUGGCAUGGAUUUGAAUAUGAAAAGUAAUAAUGGUAAGGAUUUGAAUAAUAAAGGAAACAAGAAUGUGAUACAAUCACAUGCACUACGGGACUCCUCCCUUAAAUCUCAUGUUAAAAAGAGUAAUAAUCAUCCAUCUCAAGCUAAUGGGGCCCACUUAUUAAAAACAAAACCAAGUGAAGGGGUGACCACUAUCAACCAUAAACGACAACGUCAAGACCCCAUCUCUUUGGCUGACUCACAUGCUACUCAACUAGCUUGUAAUGCUCUUUCAAUUCCCAACAAUAAUAUGCACUUCAAGAAUAAUGAUCCCCUUGAUGCUGGGUUUGGAGCCAGACCAACGGUUAAUAUGCAAGCUAUUUCAAACAAUAGAUUCAUUUUGCUGCAUGACGAGGGGGACACGUGCAACUCUAAUCACGAUGGUGCCGCAUGUAUGGAUGGAGUUGGCGGUGAGUCUCAAGAACAUAGCACUCCUAAUGUCAAUACCCAGGACGAGGUUCAAGAGACACCCUCUGAUGAUAUGGCUACUUGA